AUGUGGGAUGCGUUGCCAACUCAGAUUCAGAAGCUAGAGAUAGAGGUCCUUGGGAUGUUUAUAGGGAGGGAAGAGGACCUUAAGAUUCCUGGUAGUGGAACGAACACGGAUUUUGAUGAGCAAGAAUGUUUAGCUGCUAUAAAUCUUUUGGGUCAAAAUAAAGCUCCUGGUCCUGAUGGAUUUCCAUGCUUCUGGUUUUUCACAAGUGGUAAAGGUAUCAGACAUGGAGACCCACUGUCCCCUUUUCUAUUCUUAUUAGUUGGUGAGGCUAUUACUUUUAUGAUUAAGCAGGCUCAUUCUCAAGAUUUAAUUUCUGAUGCUGAUGUUGAGCAAGUCGAAAACCUCGGGUUGAUUCUUAUCUCUUUUGAGCUCUUAACAGGUCUUAAAAUAAACUUUAGUAAAUCUCAGAUCUUUGGAGUUGGCUUUGAUAGUGAUUUAGCUCAAUUUUGUGAUCUCUUGGGCUGUUACUCUGGGAGUUUACCUACGACUUACUUAGGCCUUCCUUUUGGUGAUAAAUCUAGAGGUGUUUCUAAAUCGGAUAAGGUGAUUGAAAAAUUCAUUGAAAGGCUUGCUGGUUGGAAAAAAGUGCUUCUCAAAAGAGCUGGUAAGGCCACUCUGAUUAACAAUGUCUUAGCUAGCUUACCUGUUUAUUUCAUGAGCUUGUUUGAAAUUCCUAGUUCAGUUUGUAAAAAACUUGAGAAGGUUAUGAGGAACUUGUUAUGGAAUGAGAAGGAUGGAAGGAAGAAAAUGCAUUAUGCUAAGUGGACUGCUCUUACUAGGAAGAAGAAAUAUGGAGGUUUGCAGAUUAAAAAUUUAAAGAAGAUGAAUCAAGCUCUUUUAUGCAAAUGGUCUUGGAGAUUUUUCACUGAGGAAGAUGCUCUUUGGAGAAAGAUUGUUGCUGAGAAAUAUGGGGUAGGGGAGGUAAGUUUGCAAGCUAAAACACCCAACCGUGCUUAUGGCAGAUUUAAGGUUAAUUAUGUUUCAACUGCAAUAUUUUGGGAGGAUUGUUGGUUGUAUGAUAUUCCUAUUAAAGAUUCUUAUCCAUAUUUUUUUAUAGUUUCAAGAUCAAAAAAGUUGAAAAUAGUUGAAGUUGGUGUGCCUAAUGAUUCUGCUGUUACUUGGAAUUUAAAUGCUCCUAGAAGACUUUUUGUGAUUGACUCAAGUCAGGAAGAAGAUGCAAUAUUUUCUUUCAUCUGGAAGCAGAAAUAUCCUCCUACAAUUGGGUUUUUCAUUUGGUUGCUUGCUCAUGGAAAAUUUCCAACAAGAGAUUCAUUGAGAAGGAAAGGUAUGGAUGUCCCAGCUGAAUGCCUUUUCUGUAAUGAAGAUGAAAGUACUUCUCAUCUGUUGCUGCAUUCAAUCCUUUGGUCCAUAUGGCAGGAAAGGAAUGCAAGAGUGUUUACUGAUAAGAUUUCUACUGAAAUUACAGUCACAAAUAAGGCAGUGUAUUGCUUGUAUUCUUGGUCUCUUGCUAUCAAAAAUUUUGAGCAUCUUUCUUCUACAGAGGUGAACAAUGUUUUUUUCCACUUUCCUUCUAUGAAUCAAAUCUUCAUAUGUUGUGAUGGUGCAUCCAAAGGGAACCCAGGGAUAGCUAGGCUUGAAUUUGUGGCAAUAAACUAUUGUGGGGACUGUGUUGGUGCUGCUUCAGGUGGGAUUGGAAUAACUACCAAUUACUUAGCUGAAGUUAUGGCAUUGAUUGUUGCUGGUGAAUGGGAUGUUACUCAACAGUUUAUGGAGGUAUGCUUUAUCCUAGAUUCUAAUGAUGUAUUACUGGCUUUCUCAAAUAACUGA